UCCUCGAUCCCGCCCAUGACCAGGUCCCCCCUGAAGCGUGCUCCGAGGCGGUACACCGCCCUCGUCCUCGCCUGCGCCCUCCUCCUCGGCGUCGCCCUCAUCGCUGAUUUCCUCUGGGCGUCCUCUUCUUCUUCUUCUUCUUCCUCCUCCUCUUCGCAUUGGUCCGCCGUUUUCGAUCUCCGCCUCGGUCGCGCCGAGCAGCUGAAAAAAAAUAAAAAAUACGAGAAAACGUUGGCGUCAAAGUAUCUUAAUGCAACUUAUGCUGAUUUACCGGCACCCCAAUGGAGUUGGGAGGAGAUGGCAGAGGCGCCUGUACCGCGUCUAGACGGAGCUGCUGUACAGCUUAAGAAUCUUUUAUAUGUUUUUGCUGGAUAUGGCACCAUCGACUAUGUGCAUUCUCAUGUCGAUAUUUAUAACUUCACGGACAACACAUGGGGUGGAAGGUUUGAUAUGCCUAAAGAAAUGGCAAAUUCGCACUUAGGCAUGGCAACAGAUGGUAGAUACAUUUAUGCUGUCACCGGACAAUAUGGCCCUCAGUGUAGGGGACCCACAAAUCGCAAUUUUGUCUUGGACACAGAAACAAAGAAAUGGAACGACUUGCCUCCUUUACCUGUCCCUAGGUAUGCACCAGCUACUCAACUUUGGCGAGGAAGGCUCCAUGUUAUGGGUGGCAGCAAGGAGGACCGCCAUGAGCCUGGCUUGGAGCACUGGAGCCUCGCUGUGAAGGAUGGCAAGGCAUUGGAGAAAGAAUGGCGAGCUGAGAGACCAAUUCCACGCGGUGGUCCUCACAGGGCAUGUGUUGUCGUCAAUGAUCAGCUUCUUGUAAUUGGUGGUCAAGAAGGUGAUUUUAUGGCUAAACCAGGUUCACCUAUUUUUAAGUGCUCUCGAAGACAUGAGGUGGUGUAUGGUGAUGUUUACAUGCUUGAGGAUGGAACCAAAUGGAAGCAACUGUCUCCGAUGCCGAAGCCGAAUUCUCACAUAGAAUUUUCUUGGGUAAUCGUCAACAAUUCCAUUAUCGUUGUUGGAGGCACAACGGAGAAACACCCUUUUACGAAAAAGAUGAUUCUGGUUGGUGAAGUCUUCCGAUUUAACCUGGAUACAUUGGAAUGGUCAGUGAUCGGGCGCAUGCCUUUCCGAAUCAAGACCACCUUGGCGGGUUAUUGGGACGGUUGGCUGUAUUUCACUUCCGGACAGCGAGAUAGGGGCCCGGAUGAUCCUUCUCCAAAGAAGGUUGUUGGAAGCAUGUAUAGAACUAAACUGCACCUGUAGUUCUGUUAGAAUGCAACUUAAGAUAUCAAUGUAUAAGCCUCCCUUAUGGGGCUCUGCUUAAGUUUUAACUUUUGUAACAUGUUCAUUUGUUCAUUUCUCAUCAGGAACUUACUCUUUUUGAAUGGCAUUAAUGUGUAAAACAACCGUUAAUGAUUGGGUC